GAACAAACAGAAACAGCGUACACAGUACAAACACGAAACCAGUUGACCACUUUGCUAUGUUACCUCAUAAAAACCAUUUUCUUCUGUCAUACUCGUAGCAUCAUCAUCAACGACAACCACCACCCCGAUCUGAGGUUCGCACCCAGAAUCCUUUUCUUAUUCCAUACGAGAAACCAAUUUCCUCCGCGAUUUACGAAGGUUUUGUUUGUUUAUUUGACCUUUUGUUUUUCUCGAUCGGAACCGUAGCGUCGUCCACUCUUUGUUGAGUAAAAAGAGUGUCUACACGGUUCGGUUGGAUUGGAUCUUGAAGUUCUGUUUGGAUACUUGCGAUCUGCUACAGCUAUGAACUAAGAUUGCAUGCAAGUUUUUCUUCUGAUAUUUUUCGAGUGCGGAGAUGAACGUGAGCCAUGCGACGGUUCACCCAGUAGAAGAUCUUCCGACGACGGACGGCGGUGGUGGGAACGCGCCGAGGGUGAGGAUGAAGGACUAUUCUGGAAUGCCCGGCACACCCGGUGGGCUGGGCUUGCGUAUUUCCCAGUUUCUCUUCGCGGUUGGGGCGCUUUGUGUCAUGGCUACCACCAGUGACUUUCCUUCCGUCACUGCCUUCAGCUACCUUGUUGCGGCUGCUGGCUUGCAGUGUUUGUGGAGCUUUUCAUUAGCCAUCAUAGACAUCUAUGCCCUUUUAGUGAGGCGUUCUUUGCAGAAUUAUCGACUUGUCACUUUCUUUGCUGUUGGUGAUGGGAUCACAUCCACUCUCAUGUUUGCUGCAGCCUGUGCAUCUGCUGGCAUCACAGUGCUUAUUGACAAUGACCUUGGUAUCUGUUCACAAAACCACUGUGUGGAAUUUGAAACUGCUACAGGUCUGGCUUUCAUUAGUUGGUUUGCAGCAUUACCAUCUUUUUUACUGAACUUCUGGUCAUUGGCAUCCCGAUAAACUACAAGGAAGAGAGAAAAGAUAGAGGCCACUUGGAAUACCAUGUGAAGUUUAGACCCUGUUGGCGUUUUCUCUCUUGCCUGUUGUGAUUUGCAAUGCCCGAAGUACAGAAAUUCAGUUGUGUUGUAACACGUGUAUAUACCAUGUAUAUCAGGUUGGAAUGUUCUUCAUAUAAUCAAAGUGAUGAAUAUAAGGAUUGAUUUGGUCAGAGUGGGUGUCCACUAAACUUCAUCAUGGAUUUAUGACUUAUUUUCUUGUAUGGUGACAAGAAUUAGCAAUAUAUACAUUUUUAA